AUAGUAAAUCAGUCAAAUGUUAUAGUACUAUGGAGUAAUAUAUAAAGCAAGGUACCUAAAAUUCUUGUUAGUGUACUUACAAAGACAAAGACAAAACAAGAGAACUUGGUUCUCUGUACAAGUCUCUUUGUAUUGCUUGCUUAUCAACAAUUUCUCAAAGAUUGUGUCUUUCUUUCAGCUUUGUUCUACAAUUCACAAUAUUCAGCUGGUGGGUCUGACUGACAACUAGACGUUUCGAAUUGAACAAUACACACUUGAAUAUGGGAUGCUUUGUGUCUACUGCAAAGGACACUGGUGGAAACCGAAGGCGGCCAGGAAAUAUCGGUGAAGUAACAGUGUUUGUUCCUGGUUUACGAAUCCCUAAACCUGUAGAUAUAUCUCAUUCACUAGGUGAUCACCUAUCUAAGAGUUUAGUGGAGCGCCUGUCUGCUCUUAGAACCCGAAUAGUUGUUAUGGCUGGCCAAGAAGGUCCAACAAUCACCAGAACAAGAAGGAGAAGCUCUACCCAACAUGGGGGGUCAGUACUUGGAGAUCUUAUUCAGGCUCUUAAUGAUUAUUUGCCAGUUCUUUUGGGAUUGGUGAAAGAUGGCAGCCUCCUACAACACAAGGUACAAUUCAUUUGGGUAAAUCAGGAGGAUGAUGCGGAGGAAACAGCAAUGUCUAGUGCUUGGUACGAAGUACUAUCGGUUUUGCACUUGAUGGCAGCAUUAUCAUUCUUGCAAGCUAACUUACUGCUUCUUCCUAGAAUGUCCAGUGAUGGGUAUCAGCCCAAGGUUUCUGAAGAGAACAGGCGUUCUUCCAUCGACAUUUUUUUGAAGGCAGCUGGAUACCUAGAUUGUGCAGUUCGACAUAUUCUUCCACAGUUGCCUCCCGAACUCAGGAGAGAUCUCCCAGUCGACCUUGCGGAAGGAGUCCUGCGUGCUCUUUGUCUCCAGGCACUGGGGCAGAGUGUGGAUAUACAACUUGGACUUGCAAUUGAUAGUACGAAGGCCACUCUUGCAGUAAAACGUAGGCUUGCAUGUGAAAUGGCAAAAUACUGGCAGCAGGCCCAAGAUAAUAUCACUAAUCUUCCUUUAACAAAUGGUUGGGGAGAAAAGCAUAAACUCUUCGUGAAGUGGAAAUACAUUGAAGCAAGGGCUGCUGCGUAUUAUUAUCAUGGCUUGAUCCUCGACGAAGGGAACACCGAGAAAUCACACGGGAUGGCUGUAGCUGCUUUAAAGGCGGCAGAUGAGUAUCUCAAAGAAAGCAAAAAAAUAUGUGAAGCAUUCAACAUGGCUCCUCCUCUCUCACGAAAUCCCCCUCUCUGGGGAACCAUGAAGUAUCUCUCUGAGAAGAUUCCCAAAGAUACUUCCAGCAAGGUGCGCAUUAACCGGGAUCUCUACUCUUAUGAAAAGAUCAUGGAGACAGCCCCUACAUUACCGGAUUUUACUUUGGCCUUGAAGCCGGACGAAUUUCAGUUACCUGUAGUGGACAAUUCUUGGCACAAUGAGAAGCAAGACAAAGGACAGGCCAAUGGCAAUAGAACAUGAAAAUUUACGAAAUUUAUCUUCUUACAAUGAAAAGAGAAAGCAAAUGGAGAAGUGAAAGCCGAAGGAUCACUUUAGCCAUUCAUAUUCGUUCACAAAUCAUUUUCCCCAACGAAAUAUGAAAUAUUAUGUUGGUACAGAUCCCCUUAAUGGGAUUUGCUAGUGCAGAAGAAGGGGAGGUCUUUGCCAAAGUCCAAAUAAGAUGAAGGCCUUGCACAUAUAUUUCUUGAAUGUAUACAAAGUGGGUAAAGGUCGCUAAUUGUUUGAUAGAAUAGCAUUUUACAAUCCUGUGCCGUGUGCAAACUUUCAUUAUUACAUGUAACAACAAAAAAAAGAAUUUCUAAUUUUUUUAAUGUUUUAUAGUAUAAAAUUGCAUUUAAGUGUAA